AUGGGACAAGGUGUCGAAAGAAAUGGCACUGGAAAGCAGCGAAGCCGAGGUGCAGUCCCCGGCUAUGCAACCCAAAAAAGUGAAAACCUCAAUGGCGGCGGCUGGUGGUCGCAAAAGUCAGCCGUCUGGUUUAGCGGAGGAGCUGCAGCGAAUGCAGCAGGACCUGUGGGGAAAGUCGGGGGGGGGGGCAGCAGCGAAGACGAAAGCAGCGAAGAAGAGACAGAAGAAGAGCUUCCCCCCCGUUCUCGCAAGCACUUGGCUCCAGGUGCGAGUGCGUUAAAGAAGCCUUCGAAGAAGGACUCAGCUGCGUCCAGCAGCAAGUCGAAGCGAGACAAUCCGCCCGGUCUCGAAGAAGUGAUGGGGCAAGCAGUCGCUUCCGGCGCGGACGCCACUCAGCUCCUUCCCAUGAUGAUGAUGGCCUACAUGAUGAAGCAAGACAAGGCGGCCGAGGAAAAGAAGAAGCGAAGCAGAAAGAAGGGCAGGUCCCUUGGUGGUUCCGGCUCCGACACCUCAAGCGAGACGGAGGACGAAGAGGCCGGUGGGUUGAAGGCAGUCGACGCCUUGAACCACAUGCAUCGGCGGAUUACCCGUCACCCGAAACGAUUGAUUCGGGAAUUCGAAAAGACAAUCGUGGAAGAGCUUGGGGUAGUCCCAGGACAAGCUUGGAGUGUAAAAGAGUGGGUUCGGAAGCAGAACUUCGGCAAGUUCAAGGGGCUGUACCGGGCGACUAUGAUGGACGUGGCUGUGUACGAGUUCUUGAGAGGCGGCGACGAAGCAGCGGCAGCUGCCCAGUUGACUCAGAACAUCAAAGCCAAGAUCCAGUGCUGCUUGGCCGGAGGAGAUUGGUCCACAGCAUGGUUGCUGACAGGCCUGCAAGACCCGCUGCUUCGCCGCGAAUGGGCGGGAACGCGGGAAGAGAUGUCGAUCGUCAGCGGCUAUGUCCGAGCAUUAUCCAAGGUCAGGAAGCAUGUCAAAGAGGCGCACCAGAGCGCCGAGACGAAGGAAGACCAAGAGAAUUCAAAGUUUUUGAAGUUCUUUGACUGGCAGAAGAGUGUCCACAGUAGCGAGCCGGUUCUGACUGGCUAUGUUGAACAAGCACCACUUUUCCCUUGCUCCUUGCCGUUCCCCGAGGCUUUCAAAGUCAGUGGGGAGGCAAUCGCUGGCGAAGCGAGACGGUUGCAUUGGGCCAAAGCUUACUUGAAUUUUUGGGUAGCAUGGUCUAACUACAUCGUCCUGGGUUGCCCUGAUUGUCGGGGGAAGACUAGAGAGCCGCGAGGAGGCUUUGUAAAGUCUGCUGAAGUGCACACACUUUGCAUGAGCUUGCUUGGCGAGGUGGUCGAAUUCAUCGAUGUAGGUUUUUGUACAGAAUCGGUGAGCUUUGAUGGUAGCCGUUCCGUUGUGGAUGAGGCUUUGACGAGCUUGCAGAAGAUGGAUGCAUGUUCAGGUGCAGGCGAAGAAUCCGGGAGACUUGCCCGGAAGCUGAAUGUCGCCAUUCCGGUGGUGUCUGAACGUGUGGCAAUCCCAGCGAAGGCCGGAUCAGUUGACCCGCUGGCCUGGUUGCCACCAGAAAGGAGAAGUGUGGUAGAAGACUUGGGGCAGCUUUGUUUGGCAGAACCUUUGGGAGGAGGGCCUGCGCGUCCCUGUCACCAGGUGUCUGAGAAGGAGGAAAAGAAGUUGAUCCAGCGCUUGUUAGCUGCGCAAAUGAUCACCCUGGUGUCGGAGGACGAGCUAGAGCGCACUGCAGAUGGUAGAUUGUUGGUUGGUGGCUUUUUCUGCGUUCGAAAGAACAAUGUCGAAGACCGGUUGAUCUUUGAUAGGCGGCCAGCCAAUGCUAUGAUGCAGCGCUUGGAUUGGGCUCAUCUCCCGGCCGGAGCCUGCCUGGCAAAGCUGCUUCUGGAGCCUGACGAGUUCCUUCGUGGCUCGGGAGAUGACUUGAGAACGUACUAUUUUUCUUUGGCUCUCCCACAGAAUGCCUAUAAGUUCAAUGCUGUAGGUCGUAGGGUUGACCCCAAAUUGGUCGCUUCCCUGGGAAAAGACCCCUCUGUUCCGCAUCGAGCAGCUAUGCGAGUCUUGGGUAUGGGAGAUUCAAAUGCCUGCGAUAUUGCGCAAGCAGUUCACGAAUACGUGUUGGAGCAGCAUGGUCUCCUUUCCCCCCAGUCAAAAAUGGUCUAUGGACGCCACCUUCCUGAUGGACCCACGCUGGAAGGGGCCUACCUGGAUGACCUACUAGUGAUUGGUCGCGUAAAAGCAGGAAGAGAUGUGGAAGUGGAUGGCUCUUUUGAACCUCCAGAGCCGCGACCUUCGGAUCCGGACAUGCGGCAAGUGAGAGCAGCAGAGUUAGCUUAUGAGCACGCCGGCUUGGAGCGAGCUUUGCAUAAGUCUUUUCGAGCUGAGCUGAACUUCAAAGCAUGGGGAGCAGAGAUAGAUGGUGUGAAAGGCACAGCCGGCGUGCCAAUAGCGGUCCGUCGGCAAGUGUGGCAUCUCUUUAGCCGGGUGGUAGUGAUGGGCAAGGGCACUAAGAACUUGUUGCAACGGUUGCUGGGGUACGCUGCUUUUUGCUUCCAGUUUCGACGGGAAUGUUUUUCAUUACAACACCAUGUAUACAAGUACUUGGAUAGUCUGACCGACGACAAGGUGUAUAGGUUUCCUGGUUUUGUAUUAGAUGAACUGCGGGGAAUGAUGCUACACCUUCCAUUUUGUUGCUGGAAUAUGAGACGUUCUUUUGCGGAAGAGAUCAUAGCAACGGAUGCAACGCCCAGUUCAGGAGGAGCAACAAAAGCUUGCCUGCCAAAGGCCCUUGCUCAGAAGUUGUGGAAGCACACAGAGGUUAGGGGCGAAGCCGUCCGCCUAGACCGCGAUGCUUCUGAAUUUGAUUGGGUCAUGGGAAGAGAACCGCGUGAACCUUCCCGCUUUGCUAGCCAAGUAGGAGAAAGUCUGCAGUGGAGGAUUGCUUCAAGCUAUCACUUUAGGCACACAGCUCACAUCAACCUACAAGAAGCACGGGCAGUGAAGCGAGAAGUGGUGCGGCUGGCCAGCGCUCCUCUUUCCCGUGAUCGGGUGCAUUUCUUUUUGAACGAUAGCAGAGUGGUGGUGGGCGCCUUUACAAAAGGUAGGUCCUCUUCUUUUCGGUUGAACGGGCUUCUUCGAUCGACGUUGCCGUACCUCAUUUUGUCACGCAUGGUUCUGGGCUUCCUUUGGGUGGAGACGGACAGCAACCCAGCUGAUCACCCUUCCCGUUUUCGUGAACUUCCUUGGCAAAAACCCCCUCCUCUUUGGAUGCGGAAGCUAGGCGUCGAUUUUUUGGCAAAGCCUGGGCUGGAAGUUUUUACGGAAAGUGCAAGGCUGACUCAAGCUUGUUUGCAACAAGGCUUGUCCAUGUUCGAACCUGUAGACGCCAGCGCUACGUGGAUCGAAGAGGCAAUUUGUCAAAAGAAAAUUGGUUGGAUAUGGUUAGCCCCUCCGUGUGCCACGUUCUCUGCACUCAGAAAUUUGGACAGAGGAGGGCCCUUACGGCCACGUGGCAACCUUCUGGGGAACGAGAGGAACCCCGACAUAGCGCUGGGAAACUUUUUGUGGCGACGCGCGUUGUAUUUGGCUGAACUUGCGAAUGUUGGCUUGACCAGAGCCUACAGGAUGGCGCUCUUUGAGGCCAGUGCGGUCGCGUGUGUUUUGGCGCGGCGAGGUCAAGUGUUGCGCGCAGUGGAACUCGCUUCAAACGAACUGACCCCAGAAGAGUUGGCAGCUUUAGACGACCCUGGGUUUAGACAGCAGGCUGCAAGAUGGCGUUCUGGCAGUGGCUCACGGCGGGUCUCGGCGGCCUUCGCCCGCCUGUUGACAUCUCUGUAUACUAUUUUCCCUGGCUGGGCCACGGCUGAUGGGUUGGCACAGUCGGCAGCCCCGCCCAUAGUCGAGGCCUUGCCCUUUGACCAGAGUUCUCAGCCUUCGUUGCGGGUGUGGUGGCUUCGCUUCAGCAUGGGCUGGCAAAGCUCCCUGAGAUGGAUGGUUAGUUAUCGGAGGACUCUGUGGGCACUUUUGCUGUUGCUCUUAUUUCCGCGUGUGGUGGCCGCUCUCAUCGCUACUGUGGUGCGCCUCUUCAUUCGGUUGAUGCUCGCAAUUACCACUCGACUCCUUCGUGAUCUAUGGCUCGAGCUUGGUGGUGUGGUGAACCAGUUGUCUUCCGUGUCUCAGGGAGUGGAGACCGCUUUGAUGUCCCAACUGGAGCAAAUCUUGGUAGAUUGGUGGCCUCCGGCCACUUCUCAACCCUCCCUCCAACCGGCUGACCCUCCUGCCGGGACGCCUGCCGGCGCCUCCGUGCCGCUUGGGGGGGGGCUGGCCCCCCCGCCCAGUCCCCUCUUCACCAACCUCUUGCUGGCGGCCAACCUUUUCUUCCAAGUGCGUGCCCACCGCCGGGGCCUUUGUUUACCUUGUUUUCACUUUGAGAAUGCGGAGCGCUUCUUCUUUGUCAAGGCCUUUGGUGAGGAAGGUGGUCGAGAAGAAACUUGGGUCUACGUCGGAGAAGGUCAAGGCCGAGGCUCGUAUGACAAGGAGACGACAAUUCUCAAAAAGUCCUUCUGGGAAGUCGCCACCGCCAGCCCCGAUGCCGCGCUUCUGAAAAUAGCACAGCAGUAUGCAGCUGCGGAAUUGGUUUUUGAUGUGUUUCAGUGCUUCGUACUGUGGUGGCUGAUCGAGGAAAAGAAUGCGCAGCUCAAAGAAGAGAACUGGCAAGGUGCGCGGCCUGCAGGUCAAAAGCGCGCCACGGCCAAGCAGCAGGGAUGGAGAGCAGGAGGAGCACCGCCCACGCCGGCAGAAGGGAACGCGCGUGUUGCUCGAAGCCGACGCGACGGUGUUGCUCAGCUGCGAUGGAUCGGGUACCCCUUAAAAGAGCUUCUGGAUCAGAAGGUGGAAAGCUUCAAGGAAAUCCUCCCACCAAUGGUGAAAUUGUUUCAGGGGAUCGAUGGCGAACAAAUGCUGGAGCUCGCAGACUUCUUUGUUCACGUGGUGGAGACGACCAUGGACACCUUCUGGGUCGAUGGUCUACAUCUGUACCACGACCUGGCAAAGCGUCGUGAAGACCAAGCGGCCUGGUCCGGCCUAGCCGACAUGGAUCUCAUUCAGCAAGUCUUGGCCCAUCCGCAAGAGGAGAUGAAGGACCUGAUGGCUAUAGCCAAGACUUGCCUUCAAGGACCCAAGUUUCGGGUGACGCCCGAGGAGUUCAACGAGUUGGAACAGCUCAACAGCUUUCAGCAGCUGCUCUACAAGGUGCAAGAGCAUCAGCAGCGGGAGGUGGAACAGGGAGAAGCCAAGGAAGUGGCAGAAGCUCCUGCUGUGGCAGCUGUGCCGGCUGUGCCUCCUGUGGCGGCUGCGCUGGCAGAUGAGACGCCCAUUGUGGCCAACUCACCGGUGCAAGAUGGCGCAGUUCGCGCCAUCUAUGCCGGGGUGCACCAGGCUCCCCUGCUGCACCCAGCGCCUCCUGUGCCGGCUGGGCCAGUGGCUGUGGCAGACGCGGUUACGCCAAUCCAAUAUGGCGGAGUUCCAAUCGUUGCCGUUACAGCCAUGAUGGCUGAAACCUGA